GAACCGACCUUAGCUCAGUUGGUAGAGCGGAGGACUGUAGUGUGCUUCAUAGCAAUCCUUAGGUCGCUGGUUCGAAUCCGGCAGGUCGGAGUUUUUCUUAACAGUCAUCUCUUUCUUCUUCAUUUUUCUCCCUUUUUGGCAUUCUUAAACCCUACACCUCAAAAACCAGAAAAAUCACAAACUAAACGAUACAAAAAAUGACAGUUUGGCGUCUCUUUUGGACCAAAUCCACCGCCAUUUCUUCAAAUUCAAAACCUUCACAACAUUUCUCCUUAAACCCUAACUCAACUUUCUCUCAAUUCACUGCCCACUUCAGACAAUUUUCCACUUCCUUCCUCGUCACAAAAAUCCCAAAGAAAUUCCGCAAGAAGCGAAAGAAAAAGGAAUCCCCACGUACCAAAUUGGUUCAAACUCAACCAAAUAUCAAUCCCCAUUUCGAAAACAUUCUUUUUCGUGAUACCCAUUUCAGAUUUCUUACUAAAACUAAAGAAUUCCUCUCCAAACAACCCCAUCAUGUACUUCCCCUUGACGAUGCCGGAAAACUCCACCAGCAGCUGGGGUUCCCUCGUGGCCGGAAAGUUGUCCGAUCCCUCCAACGACACCCUUCAAUUUUCGAAAUUUAUCGGCAUGAUGAUGGUAAGAUGUGGAUUGGGUUUACUGAUUUGAUGGAACAAUUGUUGGAUGAGGAGGGUAAAGUUAUGAAUGAAAUGGAAAGUGAUAGGGUUAGUGUAGUUAGGAAAUUGUUAAUGAUGUCGAAAGAUAAGAGAAUUGCUUUGAGUAAAAUUUAUCAUAAUAGGCUUUUAUUUGGUAUACCUGAAGAUUUCAGGGAUAGGAUAAGAAAGUAUGAGGAUUAUUUUAAGGUGGUUGUUGAGGAAGAUGGGAAAAGGGUAAUUGAGCUUGUGAAUUGGGAUCCUACAUUGGCGGUGAGCGCAUUGGAGAAGGAGUAUAUGGUUGAUGAGGAUAAGGUGAAGAAGGCGUUUAAGUUUCCGAUAAAACAUGGGAAGGCAUUGGAUUUGGAUGAAGGUGAUGAGAGGAAGUUGAAUUUGUUGUAUACGUUGCCAUUGGUUUCGCCUUAUUCUGAUGGGAGUAAGCUGGAUUUGUGGACGGUGGAGGCGGAGAAGUUUAGGGUGGGAUUGAUUCAUGAGUUCUUGAGCUUGACAUUGGAAAAGAGAGCUUAUAUACACAACAUUGUGGAGUUCAAGGAGGAGUUUUGUCUUACGAAGCAUACUUAUCAGAUGCUCUUGAAACAGCCUCGGACAUUUUACUUGGCUGGUACAGAAAUGAAUUGGUCUGUGUUUCUUAAGGAUGCUUAUGGAGAAGACGGGGUUUUGCUAAAUAAGGAUCCGCAGGUGCUGUUCAAUGAGAAACUUCAUAGAUAUGCAGACAUGAAAGUAGUGAAGCCAAGCAGUGAUGCCUAUGAAACAUGAAAGGUUGAAUUAGCUUUAACGUCUAGUGUAACUUAUGGUGAUGAUGGAGCGUCGUAGAGCAGAAUUUACUCGAAGAAUGCAGAAGAAGAAUUAUGGUGGACCUCAUCCACCUAUAUUAUAUAUCAAAGCAACACAAGUCUUGAGGUACCUAGAGUUGUUUCAAACACUCAUUUACCAUUUUCCUGCUGCCUAUUGUUUUCAGCUGUAAAUUUUUAUCAUGCCUGUACUCUUGUCAUCUUCGAAAUGUAGAGCACUACUGCAUUCACAAUGUAAGAUAAUAUUGAGUAUCCUACUAUUAUUUGAGAAGUUUGAUUUAAUCGAAACAAGACUUAGUUUGGGCGUCUAAA